AUAGAAUCAUGCUUCACCUGGGUGAGUAAAACACUUAUAAAUAUAUCCACAAUAGAUAGAAUCGCCAAGAAACAUUCUUUAUCAAAGUGUUUUCUCCAAUUAAGAUGAAUAGACUUUUCUCAUUCCAAUGGUUUCUUUUGCUUCUCUUAUUCAUCUUCACAAAAACCUCAAUUUCUUCAAAACCCCAUAAAAUCCCAAGACUCACACCACUUCUUAAAAAUAUACGUCAUGAGUCUAACACCUUUUCUUCUUCUUCAAAUCUUCCAAAAGAAUUUGAGACUUAUUACUAUGCACAAACACUUGAUCACUUUAAUUAUGGACUAAAAAGUUAUUCAACUUUUAAGCAAAGGUACAUAAUUAAUUCUAAGUAUUGGGGUGGUUCUAAUUCGAGCACUCCAAUUUUUGCCUGUCUUGGUGCUGAAUCUCCCAUUGAUUAUGAUCCUCUUGAAAUUGGAUUUCUCACUGAUUUUGCCCCUCGUUUUAAGGCUCUUCUUGUUUACAUGGAGCAUAGGUAUUAUGGAAAAUCAAGACAAUUUGGGAAGACAAUGGAAGAAGCUCUAAAAGGUGAAGACACUAGAGGUUAUUUCAAUUCAGAACAAGCUAUAGCUGAUUAUGCAGAACUUUUGUUACAUAUUAAAGAAAAAUACUUAGCACAAAAUUCUCCAAUUAUUGUCAUUGGAGGAUCCUAUGGAGGAAUGCUUGCUUCGUGGUUUCGAAUGAAGUAUCCUCAUAUAGCUCUUGGUGCUUUAGCUUCAUCAGCUCCUAUUCUUUAUUUUGAUAAUAUCACUCCACAAAAUGGAUAUUAUUCGAUUGUGUCCAAGGAUUUUGAAGAAGCUAGUAAGAGUUGUUACCGAACUAUACGAAAAUCAUGGUCUGUAAUUGACAAGAUUGCUUCUAGGAAAAAUGGACUCUCCUAUCUCACUCGGAAAUUCAAGACUUGCUCGCAGUUGAAUGAUUCAUUUGAGUUGAAGGAUUAUUUGAAUACACUAUAUUCAGAGGUUGCUCAGUAUGACGAGCCACCAAGCUACCCAGUGACUGUGGUUUGUGGAGGAAUUGAUGGUGCACCAAAAGGAAGUCAUGUUCUUGAUCGUAUUUAUGCUGGAAUUGUUGCAUAUGAAGGAAAUCAGUCUUGUUACGACAUAAACUCCACGCCUAGUGAAACAAGCAUGGGAUGGAGCUGGCAACUAGGAAACAAGGAGGCGAUUGAGAAAGAGCGUGCUUGGCUGUAA